AUGACAUUAUAUCCUCUACUUUCUUAAUAAGAAACUAUUACUAAUUAACAACAUAUAUACCCUCCCAAUAUCGUAAAUUAAUAUAAACUUUAAGUUGAUUUGUCUAAUUAAAAUUCAUGGUAAUAUAAACUCGAAGAUGUCCCAUUAUUAGAAUUUAUGGAAACUCAAGUAAUAAACUCAUGGGCUCCUUUUAUCCUUAUAUAAUAGUUAAAAGACUCUAUGAUAAAAACAUCUGAGAAAAAAUUCAUUGUAAACGUCUCAUCUCCAGAAGGUUAAUUUAACAGAAUGUAUAAAUCUAAAAUACAUCCACAUACUAAUAUGUCAAAAGCGGCUUUGAAUAUGCUCACAAAAACAUCAGGAGUUGAUUUGGCUAAAAAUUAUAAUAUUUUUAUGACUGCAGUUGAUGCAGGAUGGGCUUCUAAUGAUAUGUUGCCAGUUAAUUUUUUACAUUAGAGUUAUUAUAAUACAAUUCCUAUAGACGAAUGGGAUGGGGCUUUUAGAGUUUUGGAUCCUGUUUUUGAAGGGAUUUAGAGUGAAAAACCGUAUUUUGGGGUUUUUCUUUAAAAUUAUAAGAUUGCUGAAUGGUGAUAUUUUAUAAUUUGGUUAUUUGGAAAUUUUAUACAAAUAUUAAUUUUUUUUAUUAAUUACUAUUAA